GCCCGCCAUGGCGCACAUCACCAUCAACCAGUACCUGCAGCAGGUCUGUGAAGCCAUCGACAGCAGAGAUGGGGCUUCCUGUGCAGAGCUGGUAUCGUUCAAGCACCCGCAUGUUGCCAACCCUCGGCUGCAGAUGGCCUCCCCAGAGGAGAAGUGCCAGCAGGUCCUGGAGCCACCUUACGAUGAGAUGUUUGCUGCCCACCUGAGGUGCACCUAUGCAGUGGGCAAUCACGACUUCAUUGAGGCCUACAAGUGCCAGACAGUCAUCGUUCAGUCCUUCCUGCGGGCCUUCCAGGCUCACAAAGAGGAGAACUGGGCACUACCUGUCAUGUACGCAGUGGCUCUGGACCUGCGCAUCUUCGCCAACAGUGCAGAUCAGCAGCUGGUGAAGAAGGGGAAGAGCAAGGUCGGGGACAUGCUGGAGAAAGCGGCUGAACUGCUCAUGAGCUGCUUCCGUGUCUGCGCCAGUGACACGCGAGCUGGCAUUGAGGACUCCAAGAAGUGGGGCAUGCUGUUCCUGGUGAACCAGCUCUUCAAGAUCUACUUCAAGAUCAACAAGCUCCACCUGUGCAAGCCCCUGAUCCGAGCCAUCGACAGUUCCAACCUGAAGGAGGACUACAGCACAGCACAGCGCGUGACCUACCGCUACUACGUGGGCCGCAAGGCCAUGUUUGACAGCGACUUCAAGCAAGCUGAGGAGUACCUGUCCUUCGCCUUUGAGCAUUGCCACCGCUCCAGCCAGAAGAACAAGAGGAUGAUCCUCAUUUACUUGCUGCCUGUGAAAAUGUUGCUGGGCCACAUGCCAACCGUGGAACUGCUGAAGAAAUACCAUCUCAUGCAGUUUGCUGAGGUCACGCAGGCUGUCAGUGAGGGGAACUUGCUGCUGCUGCAUGAGGCCCUGAGCCGGCAUGAGGCCUUCUUCAUCCGCUGCGGCAUCUUCCUCAUCCUCGAGAAGCUGAAGAUCAUCACCUACAGGAACCUCUUCAAGAAAGUGUACCUACUGCUCAGGACGCACCAGCUGUCUCUGGAUGCUUUUCUCGUGGCCUUGAAAUUCAUGCAGGUGGAAGACGUGGACAUUGAUGAAGUCCAGUGCAUCCUGGCCAACCUGAUAUACAUGGUAGGAAGCUAUGGCUGGGCACAUCAAAGGCUACAUCUCCCAUCAGCAUCAGAAGUUGGUGGUCAGCAAACAGAACCCGUUCCCACCACUGUCCACUGUGUGCUGAAUGCUGGGGUCGUGUUUGACUGUCUCCAAGACUGUCACCCUCAUUGAGGCCACCGUUCCUUGUCGUGGCCCCUGCAGAGAACAUCCCAAGCAACUGUCAUUGAUGUCUCAGUAUGGGACCAAGUGUGUUUGUGACUUUUUCUAUGACUCCCCAUAAAAGACAUUUCACAUUUGUGCAG